AUGGGGAAGGACGCCGCAAGAGCAGAGUGGGACAAUCCCAUGCAAUUUGUCCUGGCGUGUGUAUCAUACGCGGUUGGACUGGGAAAUGUGUGGCGUUUUCCAUACUUGUGUCAAAUGCAUGGCGGGGGUGGGUUCCUGAUCCCAUACAUGCUCAUGCUGGUCCUGUUGGGGGUACCCCUGUUCUACAUGGAGUUAGCCAUUGGCCAGAAGAUGCGUCUGGGCAGCAUUGGAGCAUGGAGAGCUAUUAGCCCCUAUCUGGGGGGAGUAGGUCUGGCCAGUGUUGUGACCUCCAUGUACCUAUGCCUCUAUUACAACGUCAUCAAUGCAUGGAGUUUCUGGUACCUCUUUCAUUCAUUCCAGUCGGUCCUGCCAUGGGCAGAGUGCCCGGUUAACAGCAACCUGACUGGCCAUGUGGAGGAGUGUGAGCGGGCCACGCCCACACAGUACUUCUUCUACAGAGAGACCCUGGACAUCUCCGGGUCCAUCGAGGAGAACGGAGGGAUUCACAUGGGACAGGCACUCUGCCUCCUGCUGGCCUGGAUUAUUGUCUACCUGUUCAUCGUCAAGGGGGUCAAGUCCACCGGGAAGGUGGUGUACUUCACAGCCACAUUCCCCUACCUGGUCCUCAUCAUCUACCUCAUCCGUGGGGUCACCCUUCAUGGAGCCAUCAACGGUGUAAAGUACAUGUUCACGCCCAAGAUGGAACAGCUGGCUAACCCCACUACGUGGAUCAACGCGGCCACUCAGGUCUUCUUCUCUCUGGGCCUGGGCUUUGGAUCCCUCAUCGCCUUUGCCAGCUACAACCAGUACAACAACAACUUUGAGAAGCAGGCCAUUGUCGUGUCCAUGGUCAACAGCAGCACCUCCAUCUUCGCCAGUAUCGUCACCUUCUCCAUCUAUGGCUUUAAGGCCACCUUCAACUACGAGAGCUGCUUGGAGAGAGUGCGACUGCUGCUCCUGAACACCUUUGAUCUAGCAGAGGACACCAUCAGUCUGGAGAAUGUCAACCACUGGAUCGCUGAGCUGAACAGGACACAACCAGAACAGUUUGCCAGUCUGGGAGGUAGGCUGGAGACCUGUGACCUAGAGGCUGAACUAGACACGGCUGUUGAGGGUACAGGCCUGGCCUUCAUAGUGUACAGUGAGGCCAUUAAGAACAUGCCCGUGUCUCAGCUGUGGUCUGUGCUCUACUUCAUCAUGCUGCUGCUGCUGGGCAUGGGCAGUAUGCUGGGCAACGUCAUCGCCGUCAUCACCCCCCUCAGUGACUUGAAGUUCAUCAGCCACUACAUGAGCACCAAAACACUCAAUGGUCUGGUGUGUCUAUUCUGCCUGCUGCUUGGCCUGGGCUUCACCACCCGCUCUGGGAACUACUGGUUCACCAUGUUCAAUGACUAUGGAGCCACCUUCUCUCUGCUCUUCAUCGUCCUCAUUGAAGUUAUCACCGUCUGCUACAUAUAUGGCAUCAAAAGGUUUGAGAAGGAUGUAAAAGACAUGUUAGGUCAUCGUCUUAACUGGUACUGGAAGAUCAUGUUGGCAGGAGUCAGUCCCAUCCUCCUCAUUGCACUAUUCAUCUUCUACAUCGUCAACUACAUCCAGGGAGGAACACCCACAUACCAGGCCUGGAACAAAGAACUGGGGAAGUCUGUGGUGACGGAGUAUCCUCCCUAUGCCCAAGCCUUCAUUGGCCUCCUCCUAGCCUCCUCUGUCUGCUGUAUCCCUUUGACGGCCCUCUACACCUACUGUAAGAAGAGGAACCUGGCCAGUGGGAAGAGAGAGCGCACGGUCAGCACUGUGUCAGCGUAAAGACCGACGUAUUGGUUGACAGACGGAGUGACACAAGGCAGAGCUGCUACAUU